UUAUGUUACAGCAUGCAAGCGCUGACAGACUGUAAAUUAUAGCCAGUGUGCGGGAGACGAUAUUUAACUGCUGAGUCAUUGAAUCCAUAUGAAAGAGGAAUAGGGGGACGUACCGGAAACAGGGAGGGGAUUGAGAGAGACUGAGAGGAAAAACUGGGAGGAGAGCAGUGCUCACAGAAAGAAUUAAACUGGGAUGUCAUAUCUGUUUUUCUAUCUCAUUUAACUACAAUAACUUUCUCUUUGAUUUUUGUGUGUGCAUGCAUACAUACAAGGGCUUGGUAACUUGAAGACACUGCAUGCAUGUGUUUAUUUUUGUUUUUGGUCAGAGUUCAAAGGUUAAAGGUUAUCUUUGAAAACUGUAGCAGACAAGGGAGAGAGAAGCUGUUGCAUUCACCUCAACAAAAAGAUGGAAGUGGUGUGUCUACCUGCUUUGUCCCGUGUGGCUGUGUGUGGUGGUACCCAUGGCAACGAGCUGUCAGGCGUGUAUCUCGUAAGGGAGCGGCUGAAGAAGAAGGAGGAGGUUGAAACUAUUUCCGUGGUGACGGUGAUGUCGAACCCACGUGCAGUGCAGCUGUGCAGGAGAUACAGCGAGACGGACUUAAACCGCUGCUUCACCACAGCGACCCUCAGUUCCCCAAUCUCAGAUAAAACACCAUAUGAGAUAGUGAGAGCUCAGGAGCUGAACACUCUCCUGGGGCCAAAAGGCAGUGAUGAGGCAAUGGACCUGAUCUGUGAUCUUCAUAACACCACUGCUAACAUGGGCCUGUGUCUCAUCACUUACUCAGACCGUGACUGGAUCUGUCUGCAUAUCUACAAGUACCUGCAGAAGGAGAUGCCAUCUGUGCCAAUAAGAUAUAUCCAUUUUGAUAUCUCGAUUUCUGAGGCUUAUUCUCUGGAAUCUGUGGGCAAACAUGGUUUUGCAAUUGAGAUUGGCCCCCAGCCACAUGGUGUGGUCAGGGCUGACAUAUUCAACAUGAUGAAGGAUGGAGUCCGACUGAUGCUGGACUGGAUUCAGCACUUCAACUCAGGGAUCCAAUUUGAGGGAGGCGUGGUGGACGUGUACACCAUGGUGAAAAACAUCGACUAUCCCAGAGAUCCUGAGACUCGCUCCAUCACUGCAGCAAUUCACCCGCAGUUACAGGACCGUGAUUUCUGCCUCCUCCACACCGGUGAUCCUCUGUUCUUAACAUUCUCAGGAGAGACGGAGACAUACAAAGGAGAAGAACCACUCUACCCCUUUUUUGUGAACGAGUGCGCAUACUAUGAAAAGGGCAUCGCGCUUUCACUAGCCCGAAGGAAAAGAGUGGAAAUUCCCUCCAUACAAGUGAAAAGAGACUGAGGGAAAGACAGAAGGGUAAAGGAACUGAAGAGAGGUCCCUACAGUGAUAUAAAGGUGUGACUAACUGGACAUUAAAAUGUAUUAGCACAGCACCAAGCUCAAUACAGCUAUGUACUAUACAUUUUUAAUCAUCUCAGGAAUAGUAUUAUGCAAAUAUAUAAAGAAUAAAUGUUAGCGUCUUGAAAUAAAAUUCAAAUUUAUUCAAAGUUUGUUUCAGGAAAUCCUUCAUUUGCCUUAACAAAUACUUGCAGGGAUGACCCAAUUUGAAAUAUGCCACUUUAAAUGUCAGACCGUAUAAGUCUCCAUCAGGGCCCAAAGAGACUGCCGUUUCCACCCCCCCAUAACUGGUUAUUGUAUUCACUUGAAAGCAGACAUCUCGCACAGGGAGUCAAAGUGAA